UCAUUAAUGUAUGAUAUCACAGCGAUCAUUCAUUCAUUCGUGCAUGUCAAUCAGUAUAUCUCCUUCCUAAAUUCAACGUCUCCGUUCCGUUCUCUUUCUUCAUCCUCCAAACCCUAAUCAACUUCUUCACUUCCCUCUGAUUCCACUUUCGCUUCAACCAGAAGAUACUGUUUGGUCAGGGCGACCUAAUGCUAAGGCUUCCAAUUUCUACAUAAGUUGCCAUUGAUACUUUUUUAAUCAAAUGGAUUCAGUGCCUGCUGAUGUAUCUAAUUCACAUCCUAUUAAAGAUCCACCCACUUCACCUCCUGCUAAGGAGAUUGAUGAACAAGCUUCUGCUUCUGUAGUCUCUGGGCAAGAUAAUUCUGCACAUGAUGCAUCAUCUAGGCUAUCUCCGACUGGCAUAUCGUCUUGGGCCAAAUUGAAAAUUUCUCAGCCAUUUACUGGCUCCCAAGAUGACUCGUCAAGUGGGAAUGCUGGGAAAUCAACUUUUGCACGCAUCACUAGUAAUUUGGGGUUGAGGUUGUCCCCAAAAUCUCCUGUGGCAGAUGACAGUUCCAAUGAAACAGCUGUACAAUCUAAUUUGUUUGGAACUAUCACGAAAGGCCUGGUUGACUCUUCUAAGAAUGCAGUGAAAGCUGUGCAGGUUAAAGCACGCCAUGUUGUUUCACAGAAUAAACGCAGAUACCAGGAAGGAGGUUUUGAUUUAGAUAUGACAUAUAUCACUGAAAACAUUAUUGCAAUGGGAUUCCCUGCUGGUGACUUGAGCUCUGGGUUUUUCAGUUAUGUUGAAGGAUUUUACAGAAAUCAUAUGGAAGAAGUGAUCAAGUUUUUUGAAACUCACCAUAAGGUAGUACACACACUCUGGCACAUGAAGUUUCAAGUUCUUAUGUUUAUGCCUUUUCUGUAGCUUACUUAUAAUACA